AUGGCGCAAACGACGCAAUGGUCUGCUUCCAAAGUUCGCUCGACCUUCAUUUCAUACUUCGAGUCGAAAGAUCAUAAACACGUAACUUCUUCCUCCACAAUUCCUUUCGAAGACCCGACUUUACUAUUUGCGAAUGCUGGAAUGAACCAAUUUAAAGCCAUAUUUUUGGGGACGGCUGAUCCAAAUUCUGAGCUUGGAAAGCUGAAGAGAGCAGCCAACAGUCAAAAAUGUAUUCGUGCAGGUGGAAAGCAUAAUGAUCUAGAGGAUGUAGGAAAAGAUGUUUAUCAUCACACAUUUUUUGAAAUGUUGGGGAAUUGGUCAUUUGGCGAUUAUUUCAAGAAAGAAGCGAUUGCAAUGGCAUGGGAACUCCUAACAAAAGUAUACGGUCUCCCUAAGGAUCAACUUUAUGUCACGUAUUUUGAAGGGGAUGAAAAGAUGGGUUUACCGGCUGACACCGAGGCAAAAAACCUCUGGAUAGAUGUUGGCGUGGAGGAGAGAAUGUUGAUCCCUGGGAAUUCGAAGGAUAAUUUUUGGGAAAUGGGAGAAACCGGACCUUGCGGACCAUGCUCUGAAAUCCAUUUUGACCGUAUAGGAGGCCGCGACGCGGCACAUUUAGUGAAUAAAGACGAUCCGAACGUUGUUGAGAUUUGGAAUCUCGUGUUUAUGCAAUUCAAUCGCGAACAGAACGGUUCGUUGCGUCCGCUUCCUAGCAAACAUAUUGACACUGGAAUGGGAUUGGAGAGAAUUGUAUCAGCUUUGCAAAAUAAACACUCGAAUUAUGACACGGACAUUUUCGUACCCAUAUUUAACAAGAUUCAAGAGUUGACUGGGGUCAGACCCUACACAGGAAAAGUGGGUUCCGAAGAUACCGACGGUCUGGACAUGGCCUACAGGGUUAUAGCGGAUCACGUGAGAACAUUGACUUUCGCAAUAUCAGAUGGCGGUGUUCCAAGCAAUGAGGGACGCGGUUACGUGUUAAGAAGAAUAUUGAGGCGUGGUGCCCGCUAUGCCAGAAAGAAAUUUAAUGUGCAAAUUGGUUGUUUCUUUUCGAGUCUGGUGGAUACAGUUGUUACGGAGAUGGGUGAGGCCUUCCCCGAAAUAGCGAAAAGAGUCUCUGACGUUAAAGAAAUUCUUAAUGAGGAAGAAGAAUCAUUUUCGCGUACCCUAGAUCGUGGUGAAAAACUCUUUGAUUCAUAUUUACAGAAGGCCAAGCAAGCCGGAUCAAGAGUGCUUCCUGGCGCUGAUGUUUGGAGAUUAUAUGACACUUAUGGAUUUCCGGUUGAUUUGACUCGAUUAAUGGCCGAAGAAAAUAGUCUUGGUGUUGAUGAACAGGAAUUCUUAGCAGAACAAGAGAGAGCCAGGGAUUUGAGUCGCCGAGCUCGAAAUGAUGGAACUGAUGGUCGAGAAAUUGUAGCAUUGGAUGUACACGACAUUGCGAAAAUCGAAAACUUACCAAUAACGGACGAUCAAUAUAAAUAUCAAUCUGGUAACAUUAACGCCACAAUCAAAGCCAUAUACUACAAUCAUUCAUUUCCCCAAAGCACCACCGACAUUCCACCCGAAAAAAGUUUCGGUAUAAUACUGGAUCGCACAAAUUUCUAUGCUGAACAAGGCGGACAACAAUAUGACACAGGUUCUAUCACUAUUGACGGUCAAGCCGAGUUUGUAGUAGAAAAUGUCCAAAUAUUCGCUGGCUAUAUAUUGCACAUCGGAUAUCUCAAAUAUGGCGACCUAUCUGUUAGCAACGAAAUUGUAGCGACAUACGAUGAACUCCGUCGGUGGCCACUUCGAAACAACCAUACUGGCACGCAUAUUCUGAAUUACGCACUACGCGAAGUAUUGGGGGAUACGAUAGAUCAAAAAGGUUCUCUGGUCGCGCCCGAAAAGCUUAGAUUCGACUUCUCUUUUAAAAAAGGUGUUUCGAAUGAGGAACUUGCUCUCAUUGAAAAAAUCUCCAACGAAUUUAUUAAAAAAAACCUCAAAGUAUAUUCAAAAGAUGUUCCAUUACCAGUUGCCAAGGCCAUUCAUGGUCUCCGAGCUGUGUUCGGUGAAGUUUAUCCGGAUCCAGUUAGAGUCGUAUCAAUAGGAUUUGAUGUCGAAGAUAUUAUAAAAGACGUGUCGAAUCCGAGAUGGAGAGAAACCUCGGUAGAAUUCUGCGGUGGAACGCAUGUCAUGAAGACUGGUGAUAUUAAAAAUUUUGUCAUACUAGAGGAGUCCGGCAUUGCCAAGGGGACGCGUAGAAUUAUUGCAGUGACUGGCGAAGAAGCUCAACAGGCUCACCGACUUGCAGAAGAGUUCAAAAUAAAUUUUGACAAUAUCUCGAAAUUGAAGGGAGUCGAGUUAGAUGCCGCACUUAAACAAAUAUUAAAAGAAUUAGACGCGUCGAAUAUAUCUGCUUUGAAAAAGGCUGAAUUUCGGUUAAAUCACGAGAAACUCAAGAAAGCUUUCAUAGAUGCCGAUAGAGCCCAAAAAGCUGCUCAAGCAAAAGAGGCAUGUUCUACAAACUUUCGGGAUCUCUCUUUCCAUAUUAUCGAUUUGAUAAAUAACCAUUUCGAAAAGAAUCCGGAAAGUCCAUAUUUGAUAAAAUUGGUAGAUGUUGGUUCAAACACUAAGGCUAUGGCGAGUGCAAUAUCGCACGUUAAAACUAACUUAAAAGAUAAAGCUACUUAUUUAUUUACUAUUGACGAAAGUUCCAACCGAGUUUCUCACAGUUGUAUUGUAGGAAAACCUUUAAUAGAGAAAGGAUUAAAAGCCAAUGAUUGGGCCAAAGUUGUAUCUGAAAGUGUUGGUGGAAAGUCUGGUGGCAAGGAGGAUGCCGCUCAAGGUAGUGGAAAUAAUGUUGAUAAGGUUGAUGACGCAUUAAGGGUCGCUGAAAAAUUCGCGGAACUUCAGCUUGCGACAUAG